UCUUUUGACUUUUUAAAAAGCUGGAUGAGUUUCACUCCGCCUGCUUUGUGUUUGUAAUAUUCAAACGUCUCUCCACCUGCGUCGGCUGCGUAAUGGUGCGGGGCCCCUCUGGCCGCCGUUCGUCGGAGUGACCGGCAUGGCUUGGUCCAGCGCGAACACCAGCAACGCCAGUUCGGAGCCCGUCCCGUCCGGGGACGAGCCCCGCGACGAGCGGCUGGCUCGCCUGGAGAUAGCUCUGCUGUCCAUCAUCUUCGUCGCCGCGGGGCUCCUGAACUCCGGGCUCCUGCUGGUGCUGUGGAAGCGGCGGAAGCAGCUCUCCAGGAUGCGCGUCUUCGUCUUGCACCUGUGCGUCGCCGACCUGGUGGUCGCGUUCUUCCAAGUGUGCCCGCAGCUCAUGUGGGACAUCACGGACAGAUUCGUCGGGCCGGACAUCCUGUGUCGCCUGGUGAAGUACCUGCAGGUGGUCGGGAUGUUCGCCUCCACCUACAUGAUCGUGGUGAUGACCGUCGACCGCCACCAGGCCAUCUGCAACCCCAUGGUGACUUUCCAGCGGAGGAGGGCGCGCUGGAACUGCCCAGUGUGCGCCGCCUGGUGCGUCUCCUUCGUCGGCAGCCUCCCGCAGGUCUUCAUCUUCUCCCGGGUCGAGGUCGCUCCGGGGGUCUACGACUGCUGGGGUGCGCAUCUGCCGCGCCGUGCACGCCAACCUCCACCUGAAGACGCACCACCACGCCGGGGCUGCGGGGGAGGCGGCGAGCAGGCGGCUGUUCUCCCGGGCCAGCUGCGCAGUGGGGUUGUCGAAGGCGCGGGUGAAGACUGUGAAGAUGACCGUGGUGAUCGUGCUGGCCUACGUCGUCUGCUGGACGCCGUUCUUCACCGUGCAGCUCUGGUCCGUCUGGGACGCCGAGGCGCCCACCCAGUGUAAGAGAUUUACUGAGCCCAUAAUAAGGUCUAAUGGACUCUCUCACAUUUCCUCUCUUCAAAUUCCCAAACCUAAAUGUAUU